AUGAAAGCUAAAUUGAAUAGGGAGGAUUAUUAAUUUCGAAAGAAAACAGGUUAAGAAUUGAUUAAAUAUCCUGGGCAAUUAAAUGGGUUAGACUUUGUGGUCUCUAAUUGUGAAGAGUGCACAAUCUAUAUUUGUGAUCAUGCUGCAUAGAUAUUUGUGGAUUUGAGCAAGAAUUGCAAAAUCUUUAUUGGACCAGUUGAAGGCUCUAUCUUCGUUAGAAAAUGUGAGAAUAUUGAAAUAAGUGCAGCAGCGAGUUAAUUUAGAGUCUCAAAUUCAAAUAAGUACGAAAUCAAUAAUAUAUUAUCUAGCAUCUAAUGUUUUGUCUAUACUUCAAGUGAUCCAGCACUUGAGAAAUCAACAGGCAUUGGUUUUGCUCCAUAUAACUUUACUUAUCCUGGGAUCACUGAAGAUUUUGGGAAGGCCAAGUUGGAUCCUGCGAAUAAUAAAUGGAGUUAGGUUUUUGAUUUCACUCCUAAUGCUGAAGCUAGUAAUUGGACUCUCUUACAUCCUUCCUAAUUUCAUUUAGUAAGCAAAUCAUUUGAAGGCCUUGAAGAACCAGAGUAAUGUCCUGUUCCCAUCCCCACCACAUAUGGUGGAACAUGUACUAAGAAAAUCAUCUUGGGAAGUGCUGAUUAGAAAGCUAAUGGAUUGGAAUUAGAUUUUUUGAUGGGCAAGGACAAUAUCAAGAAUCAAUAAUAACUAUCUGAUGAAAAUCAAGCUUAUUUGGAGACUCAGCUCAAACCGCCCAAUUAGAAUAGAGUCGAAUAGAUUUAAGGGAACUAUGAGGAGUUUGUAUUUGAUUAGGAAAGUAUUAAAAGUACAGAGCCUUAGGUCAAUUUGCAAAGUCAGACUACUUUUAAUGCAUUUGAUGAAUUGAUUGUUGGAGAUACUCAAGCUAACAAGUAAAGAGAAGUAUUUUUGAGUCAACAGAUGCUUAAGGAUGUAAUUGAUAAUUUAAAUUAAAUUUAGGAUGCUGAAAGAAAACUAAAAGAACAGAAAAGAAAAUAGGCUUAAGAGUAUUUAAAGAAGUUCAUGAGGUAAAUUCAUUAAUGUGAGUAUAUAGUGACUUCACGGAAUUAGCAAAUUAGAGGAAGGUGCAAAAUAGAGCCAUUGUCAGAGAGAAGGUGCAGAAGUAGGAGGGAUGGAAGACAGUAAUGACAAAUAUAGAUGUGAAAGAUAAUGGGGGAGAAAAAGAUGUCAGUAAAAUGGCUUAAGCAAUUAAAAAUAAAUUCAUGGAUGUAUUAAAAUGAUAUAAGAC